GAAAGCCCCUAGGAAAGCAAUAAGAUAACAUUUUGUACUUAAAAUCUUUUAAUCUGGCUUAUAUGCUCUUUUUAACUUGGAGAAAAUGAAAUUUUGGGUUUCCAUUAGCUGCAUGCAAACAAUGCAGCAAGAAAGUACUGUUACUUACAAAAUAACAUUGCUAAAUACAGGCUCUGCACAGAAUUCUGUAUUCCUACUUGCAAUUGGAAAGUUGAGUUAAAUGAAAAAGUGUGUUAGAAAACAUCCCACUCAAAUGUUUCUAUUUUUUGGGAGUCUGAAUAUUAGGCUUUUGUUAACUGUAAGCCAUAAUCAUUAAAACUGAUACACUUCAUUUAUUGACUAAACCCAAAGCCAGCCCAAGGCAAAGUGAACCAAACAGCUGCUUAGGGCCCCCAGGCUUCCGGAGUUCCCGGCCAUAAGAGCUUGAAUUUUAACAUAGACCAUAGAUCUGAAAUUUUAACAUCUAUAUAUUGAGAAUGAAAAUACUAUCAAUAGUUUCAGCACCAAUUAACACUUAAAUGUAAGAUUGAAAGUAAUUGGCUUACUUUGUAAAAGAGCAAGAAUAAUAUUCAUAGUGUAACUGUUGUGUCUCUCAGCCAACAUGCUCCCUGUGCAGGCCUCAUAUCCUUAAACAUGCCAUUCUGUAAAAUGAAUCUGUGUAUUUCACUUUUGGUGUUGCUGAGAUGAAUGCAGUGGUGAAUGACAUUCUGAUUUACUGAGAUGCAUCUGUAUACUUCAGUCAGUGUCAGAUUAUUUAUUGGGUGUGAAUCUGAAAAAAUAUUAUCCAGUAUUUCAGUACAAAAUGUACCCAGCUAAGAGCGGCUAUCUGAGCCUGUGUGGACCCUGCAGGCAAAUUGUUUCUCUGCUGAGGGACAACUCCAUCCUGGAGAGAAUGUGUGUGUAAUCCACUCUGUACUGUGAAAAUAUGCGGAGCUCGAGGUUCAACUUGUGUUGCUGUAGACAGUGCUCUGCGCGCGCAUGUGUGUGUAUCUGUGGCAGUUCGAGUGACCAGCAGGUUGUUUGCGACGGAGAUACAGAGCUGCAAGCAGCGACACUUUGAGAACAGGGAAGCAGAGUCGCCGGAAGCAGCAGCAGACGCGAGGUGGACGCAGACAGUAAAAAUCACCGGCAGCACGAGCGACAGGCACCGAGGCGGCCAGCGGGGAGGAGAGACGGAGGAGGUGGAUGAGGAGGAGGACGAGGAGGAGGUACCUGCACCCAGACUCGUUUUGCCCCGCCGCCUCCGUCACGUCUCCCUCCCUGUCGUCGUUCUCCUCACCCCUCGUACCUCUCGGACCGCUUCCUCGUUAAAAUGGCUGACCCCAACAGCGACGGUGAGGCGCCGGAGAGCGCGCGCGGUUUCGCCCGCCAGGGAGCCCUCCGCCAGAAGAACGUGCACGAGGUGAAGAACCACAAGUUCAUCGCGCGCUUCUUCAAGCAGCCGACCUUCUGCAGCCACUGCACGGACUUCAUCUGGGGCUUUGGGAAGCAGGGAUUCCAGUGCCAAGUGUGCUGUUUUGUGGUCCAUAAGCGCUGUCAUGAGUUUGUCACUUUUUCCUGUCCAGGGGCCGACAAGGGACCUGCGUCUGACGAUCCUCGCAGUAAACACAAGUUUCGGGUCCACACCUAUUCCAGCCCCACCUUCUGUGACCACUGCGGCUCCCUCCUGUACGGGCUGAUACACCAGGGCAUGAAAUGCGACCGUAUGUAUUCAAAGUAUUUAGCUGCUUGUUUGUGUGCUGCAGCCUGAGCACAGAGAACUGUGAGUGUGGCAGCAAAGAGACUUUGUUCAGGGAGAAUCUCCUCCAUUUUUGCACAUGUUUUACUGCCACUCUUCAUUGUAUUUCUGCUCUGGAUUCAUGAAGCAAACACAAAUCAAGAUCAAGUCCUGAAGAUGAGAGCAAUGUUCCCCUGUUUUCACCAGUGUGCAGUUGUUCUCCCUUCAGUUACAGCAUA